AUGCCGGAGAAUGCUACGCCAAGAGCAGGCGACGAGCUGCAGGAUUAUCUGGCAUCAGCAGGCUUGCUGGAGGACGUAGCCUCCCGUGUCAACCACGCGCUUGCCGCCCCUUCUGCUGCUUCCCCUGCUGCUGCCUCUCCUGGUUCUUCUACUGCCUCUGCUACUGAUCCACCGACUGGGGCUGUCUCGGGUGCCACGGAGUGGCUGGAGCUGCAGCAGCAAGCAAUAUCCCUGCAGCGCACGGUGGUGGACGACUUGAGCUUCGAGCUUCAGAGCCUGCUGCAGCGCUACAGCAGGAUGGUGGCAGCAGGGGGUGGCUCACAGCUUGUGGAGACGUACAGGAAAGUACGCAGCAGCUUCCUGAAGCAGGCGGUGGAGUCCCUGAACAGCCACCUGGAUGGUGGGGCGGCGGAAGCAGCAGCAGUGGGCAGCAUGGGAUGGAGCGACCUGGAGCUCACCAGCAAGCAGUGGGCUCAGCAUGUGUACCUGCUGGUGAGAGACAGGAGAGGAGAGGAGCACGUAUACUUGCUGGUAGGCGUGGUGUGGGGCAUGGAGCGGCAGUGCCUAGAGGACAUCCUCCCCCCAUCCACCCCCGCCCACACCCCCCUCCUCCACACCCUCCUCUCCGCCCUCCUCAUUGACGGCCACGUGGGUGUGGUGUGGGGCAUGGAGCGGCAGUGCCUGGAGGACAUCCUCCCCCCAUCCACCCCUGCCCACACCCCCCUCCUCCACACCCUCCUCUCCGCCCUCCUCAAUGACGGCCAUGUCAUCUCCUCCCUGCACUCUCUCGCCCAAUCAGCUGCUGCCAUCUGUCGCCGCGGCCUGCCCCAGCAGCUGUUCUCGCUGCUGGAGAUGCUGCAGGCGCUGCAGGAGGUUAUGCCUGAGCUGCAGGAGGACCUUUGCAGCGUGGGCCUGCACUCAGAGUGGCGCUCGUUACAGUCACUCCCGCUCACCCUCUCCCUCGCCUCGCUACAGUCACUGCAGGCCAUGCACAGCUGCAUCGUUCGAGCCGGUAGCCUCACCACAUUAGACGGAAGUGCAGGGGGGGGAGGAGGGGAGAAAGGAGGAGAGAGAGGAGGAGGGAGAGGAGGUGAGGGGGGAGAGGGAGAGCGGGAUGGGGGGACUAGGGAUGGCAGGAAGAGUAAGUCAGCUAUGGCGUCAAGUGCUACACCCUACAGCCCGAGAGAAAGAGCUGCAGUAUCUAGCCCCAGGUUCGGUGCUACAGCCGCCAGCCCCAAGGCCAGGCCCAGCGUUGCAGUCCCUGGCAGCACCAGUCCACCGCAUGGUGCUACAGCCUCUAGCCCCCGUGUUGGCGGUGCUACAGCUUCCAGCCCAAGAUGGGGCGCUACAGGCGCUUUAGGUGCCACAGCCACCCAGGGUGCCACACCUGCUAGCCCAAGGUGGGGUGCUGCAGCUGCCCUGGGCGCUACAGCCGCGUUCGGUGCUACAGCCGCGGCUCUUGUGAGCCCGAGAGUGCGUGGGGCAGUCAGGGCGCUCACUCGCCGGGCCUCAGACGCAUCAGUGCUGGCCAAUAGCGACGCGCCAGGUGGCGGGAGCUCUGCAGCACCACCUGGAGGAGGCGUGGACCCGAUUACAAGCUACGUGUGUAACUUCAUACAAAGCUUCCUCUCCCUGUCAGGUCGUCGCAACUAUGCUGCUACCUUGGCAACUGCCUGUACCCUCAUCAACCGCAGCAGCCGCAUGCCUCCCUCCCCUUCCUCCUCCUCCCCGUCCUACUCCUCCCAUCAACACACAUCAGCAGCAGAGGCAGCAGCAGAGGUAGCAACAGAGGCGGCAGCAGAGGCAGCAGCACGGAAGGCCUUACACGAGACAAGAGCAGCAGCAGUGGCAGGGAGAGGAGGAGGAGGAGGAGGAGAGAGAGGAAAGGGGACAGGUGGUCGGAAAACCCCUCCCAGGCUGAGUCUAGAUAGCAAUACAGCAGGAGAGAGAGGAGGAGGAGGAGGGGUAUUUGAGGGCAUGCUGGGGGGAGGGAGUGAGAGAGUGAGUGUGGAGCUGCUCGUGGGUGUGCUGGUGGUCUCGCUGAGGGAGUAUUUGGAUAAGAGAGCAGCUUAUAUCGAGGAUGCAGCCAUGAGAGAGCUGUACCAGAUGAACAAUCUACACUACCUUAUGCAGUCCAUGAACUCGUGGGGAGGGUGGAGGCAAGGGGGGCUCCAACAGGCUUUUGCUGAUGCCAAGGGGAACGGCAGGUUGGAGCUGGCUCUAGCCCUCUCCACGUUCAUCGAUGGGAGUACCCUUCAGAAGCACGUGGCUGCCUUCCAGACCUGCGCUCUCAGCAAGGUAUUAGCAGCUAUGUCAGACCGCCCUCGGCCCCUUGACUUUGUCCCGGAGUGCACCAAGCCUGCAUCGUCCCUCUGGCCUUUCUCCCUCUCAGACGGGGGCGACCAUGAGGUGCUGGCUAUGAGCGAGCUGCUCAGGCUGAGGGCGUUCAACAGGGCGAUGGAGGAGCUGGUGGAGGCACAGAAGCGGUGGGCCAUCCCGGAUGCUGCACUGCGACUGCGCGUCUGCACCGCAUGGGCUGCUUGCCUCAAGGACCGAUACCGCAAGCUGCUGCAGCCUCGCUGGUAUGUGCUGCUGACAAGGUGUUAA